UCCAGCAACACUCCUCGGCAUCCUGCGAUCCGCACAGUCAGUCUCUACAGCGACCCGCGAAUAUCAGCGUUGGAAUAUCUGCGCUCCACAGAACACAGUCGAAGGAAGACAGACGAUCAUGGCGGGGGAUGAAGAGCUGGACGCCGUUGCGCUGAAGAACAAGGGCAAUGAAGCAUUCAAGGCGCAUGACUGGCCGGCUGCUGUCGACUACUACACCAAGGCUAUCGAGAAGGAUGGUACGCAGGUCGCCUUCUACACAAAUCGCGCACAAGCCAACCUGAAGCUCGAGGCGUACGGCUACGCGAUUGCCGAUGCAACGAAAGCGAUAGAGCUCGACCCAGAGUCCGUCAAAGCAUACUAUCGGAGAGCUGUGGCGAAUACCGCCAUACUGAAACACCAAGAUGCCAUACAUGACUGGAAGAUUGUUGUGCGCAAGAAUCCGGGGGAUAAGCUCGCAAGAGCGCAGUUUGAUGCAUGCAACAAAAUGGUCAAGCGGGAUGCGUUCCUCAAGGCCAUUGAAGUCGCAGACGCCCCGUCCGCCGCCGAGGGGUUGGACUUGGAGAACAUGGUUGUGGAGGAAGCAUACGAUGGCGUGCGCCUGAAGGACGAAAUGACACAAGAGUUCAUCGAGGACAUGAUACAGCGCUUCAAGGAUGGCAAGAAGAUUCACAAGAAGUAUGUCUACCAGAUCAUCAUCGCAGUCAAGGACAUUGUGUACAACGAGCCUACCAUGGUAGAGACACAUGUGGAUUCCGAUGUCAAGUUGACAGUCUGCGGAGACACACAUGGUCAGUACUUCGAUCUUAUCGAAAUUUUCAGGCUCAACGGCUUCCCUUCGGACAAACACCACUACCUUUUCAACGGAGACUUCGUCGAUCGAGGAUCUUGGUCGUCAGAGAUCGCACUUUUGUUGUACAGCUACAAGUGGCUGUAUCCCAAGUCGUUCUUCUUGAACCGUGGCAACCACGAAACGGACGACAUGAACCGAAUGUACGGAUUCGAAGGCGAGUGCAAACACAAGUAUAACGAACGUGUGUUCAAGCUCUUCUCCGAAUCUUUCUCUGCUCUGCCGCUCGCCACUUUGAUCGGAGACAAGUAUCUGGUUCUUCACGGCGGCCUGUUCUCAGAUGAUCAGAUCACACUCGAUGACAUUCGAAAACUGAACAGACACAAUCAACGCCAACCUGGCCAAGAAGGUCUGAUGAUGGAGAUGUUGUGGACAGAUCCGCAGACUUCGCCAGGCCGUGGACCAUCCAAGCGCGGUGUUGGACUGCAAUUUGGUCCGGAUAUCACCAAGCGCUUCUGUGAGAAGAACGGCCUGGAGGCCAUCAUCCGCAGUCACGAAGUCCGCAUGGAGGGCUACGAGGUCGAACACGACGGCAGAUGUAUCACUGUCUUCUCGGCGCCAAAGUACUGUGACUCCACAGAGAACAAGGGCGCAUACAUCAACAUCGGAAGCGACUAUAAGUUGGACUUCCACAAAUUCGACGCGGUGCCACAUCCCGAUAUCAAGCCGAUGGCUUACGCCGGAAAUCAGAUGCAGUCCAUGAUGGGGAUGUGAUGAGACGAUGUAUCUGCACUGUAAGAUCAUGACGAGUUCACUUCAUUGGACAAGGAUCAACAUUUGGAUCGUCCUGCCCUUUGCGAUACUGGGCAUUGAUUGUAUGCAUGGCGAUGGGAUGUAUGUAACCUCAUGGCGGGGCGUUGCACGUGCAGCUACCGUAUACAUACGAUGGGAGAUGCAAUUCUGACGAGUCACGACACGCGCUGCAGCCGCUUUCACGCAAUUGGAGACUUGUCUGUAGGCCACGGGAGGAUGAGAGUAUACAGCCUCUUCGAAAAAGACCCGAGUGGGACAAAUGAAAGUUCCAGUCAACGACUAGGGGGCGUAUUCCUUUCUUACAAAAGACGACUAAAAGUGAUGGCUGACAUGAUUCGCACUAUACAAUUUUGCCAAGAUGGACUGAGCCUUGCAGUCAGUCUCUGUCGGUCUCUCGUCGUUGAUCAGCUGAAGCGCAAAUGUUACUAUUUGUCGGAUCGUGGCCCGAACAAGUAUGUGCAACAAUGGUUGACUUCGAACCUAUUGACC